GUUGCGCGACCGCGAGGGAGUUUUCUUACUUCACGCGAUGAAAGAUGCUUUAAGUUAGAUGGCGGUUUAAGCUUCUUCUCCAAAUGUUUUAUGAACUCGGUAGCGAACACUGUAUGUCAGUUUACUACGGGAUACAUGCAGUGUAGACUACUGUGUGAUUUAAGUAGAAGGAUUUACCGCACCAAUGACAAAUGCAAUUUUAACUAAAUUUCUUUACUGCUUUGGAGUUUUAAAUGUGCAUAUUUCACUUAAAUAAUUGACACAUACUUAUAAUACAUCAAUUUCAAAAAGUGCAUUAGAACAUCAAGCGUUACAGCAUAACCAUAAAUUUGGAUAUAAAAAUAUUCGAUAAUUGAAUUGAAAACGGCGAUGCAUGAUGAACGAUAUUUUAAUCAUCGGGAUUUCAUUAGCUAGCAAAUAUAUCAUGAUUAGAUGAAAUCUUUUCUGAUUUAGCUGUUUUAAAGUUUACAUUAAGCGAUAAGUUGUUUUGUGCAAAUUUGAUACUGGUGUCAAGUACGCUUUAAAAGCGGAGUGUGAGUGGCUGAGGUCGAUGACAUGUCACCCUUACUGACAGUUUCGAAAUCAAUCAAUCGAUUUGCCUAUUAAGACAACAGUGCCACUUGGAAAAGCUGCUGACAGAUUUUUGUUUUAAGGAAGAUUUUCUUAACAAAUUGAUUCAUUUAUUUUCGUAUGUUAUCGGAUAGAGAAAAAUAAUGUUAAAAGUCUGUAACCUGUUAAACGUGUGUGAAAAGGUGAGUUGCAGUUGAAUGCAAAUGAACUCAUAAAACGCAGGCAGUGCGUUUGAACGAACACAAGUCAACUGAAAACUACAAGUACAGCACCAUCGCUUGGACGUUCGAGAGAAUUGUUAUUUGGCGUGCUGUGCUGUUGGCUUUCAAGAUUGGUUUAAUGACGCUAUGGUGGCCUGGAAGCUUCACUGAGGACUAAGAUGGUGUCGACUACAGCAUCAUGUCUUAUUAUCGUCGUAACUCAGCUGGUGAUGUGUCACGUGGCCGGAAGUGGUUGGGCGGAGUGGAGCCGGUGGAGCGAGUGUUCCCGUACAUGCGACGGAGGUGCGCGCUACAAGACGCGGCGCUGCUCUGGCGUCCCCGGCUAUGACUGUCCAGACAGAGGCAUCAAAUACACGUCUUGCAACACGAAGCCCUGCCCGCCAGGUACCCCAGACUUCCGGACGGAACAGUGCGCCGCCUACAACGACGCCUCCUACUCGGGAUACAGUUUCCUGUGGGUGCCCUACCAUGAACGGAAGAACCCGUGCGCGUUGUCCUGCCUGGCGGAAGGGACCAACAUGGUGGCGAUAUUGGCUCCCAAAGUCCUGGACGGAACCCGAUGCCGAGAUGACUCCCUGGACAUGUGUAUCAACGGACUUUGUGUGCCUGUUGGUUGUGAUCACGAGCUGUACUCAGAAAUGCAGACGGAUAUGUGCGGUGUUUGUGGCGGGAAAAACAGCACGUGCCACCUUAUCGACAAAAGCGGCAUCCGGUUCCAGUGGAUAGCAACAGACUUCGGCGCAUGCUCCGUGACCUGCGGUAUAGGCGUGAAAGAGCGGCGGCUGCUUUGUUACCACACAAAGAAGGGGCGUGUCCUGGAUCCGAGCCGCUGUAAGGGCGUGGAGAAGCCCGUCAACAUGCGGGAAACCUGCAGCCAGGGGCCGUGUCCACCAGAAUGGCGCGUGGGUCCCUGGCAGAACUGUACUCGGGACUGUGGGGGCGGCGUCUCGUGGCGGAUAGUCUCUUGCAUCCAGACUUUCGAGGAUGGAACCCAGCAGCUCAUGCGUGACAGCGCGUGCGACGCCUCGACGCGCCUGUCUUCAAGGAAAUCAUGCAACGGGUUUAUAUGUCCCACGUGGUACGCGGGGGAGUGGUCAGUGUGCAGUGUAAGUUGCGGUACGGGGACCCAUGUGAGGGACGUGAUAUGUCGUCAUGUCGGGGACGUGUUCUGUCGGCCAGGGGACAAACCAAGGACCGUGAAGAACUGUACUACAGGCAUACCCUGCUACAACCUCAAUGGCGACAUUCAGGAACGGAACGUGGGUCAGUUCCGGACCGGAAGCGAGCACGAGCUACAGGGGGACCAGCCGGACACAACCAAACCUAUCACCAAGGAGGACCUCCUGAAACCUAGGUUUGUGACGUCGACGUGGGACGCGUGCAGCACCUCGUGUGACGAGGGUAUCCGGUUCCGGUACGUGCGCUGCCAGGUGUUCCUCCGUUACCUUGACGACUUUGUCGACCUCCCGGAUGAGGAUUGCUUGGAGCACGAAGUUAAGCCGGAUCAGUACGAGGCGUGUAUGGUGGAGCCGUGUUACGACAUGUACGCUUGGGUGCCCAUCGGUAUGACCGAGUGCAGCCGGACAUGCCUCGGAGGUGUACAGGAAACGAUAUUCACGUGUGAGCGGAAGGAGAACGGGGGCCGCGUGGAAGAUGCCUUCUGUCUGGAGUCUCCACGUCCCCAGGUGGAGCGCCGGAUCUGCAACGACAAGCCAUGUCCACAAAGGUGGGAGCUGGGAGAAUACGGGGAGUGUUCUCUCACGUGUGGUGGGGGCGUCAUGUCGCGCUCCGUACGCUGUAUCCAGGAGUACGCACAGGAGUCCGUCCUUAACCUGCCAGAUUUCAUGUGCAGCAAGCCGGGGCCGGAAAAGGUGUCUGGGUGUAACUCCAAGGAAUGUCCGGCACAAUGGGCCGUGGGCAACUGGUCAGAGUGUUCCGUAACUUGCGGGGUUGGGGUGAUGACCCGCGUGCCGCUCUGUCAACGUGAGAGAAGCAGUGGUCUCGCCAACGUCUCGCGCUCAGAAUGUGACGUCACGCUGAAACCACAGACGGAAAUGACGUGUAACCGGACAACGUGUCCAGAGCCUAUGAUCAAACCUAAAAAUAUAAAAUUGUAUCAAUUAAAUAAAAUUAAUAGACUUAAAUUAUUUGUUGGAAUGGAAGCGUCCAUUCUACCUGACACAACUAUAAUUGUGAAGUGUCCACAUGUUGGCUUAGAUAGACAGAAAGUUACGUGGUUUAAAAAUGGCUUAAAAUUUAGACGCUCAAAACGGGCGAAGGUCGCCCGGUCUGGUGCUUUAAGAAUUCGGAGAGCGUUCCCGGGGCGGGAUGACGCUGUAUAUAGCUGCUUAAUAGGAGGGCUAGAAGCUAAUCUAACUAUAAAAUUUGCUUCAUCAUAUGAUGUGCUACAAGCAACAGUAUUCCGUGAAAAGUUUUUAAAAGACGGGGCCAGUAAUCAUUCGUUACUCAAUAAAACUGUGCUAUAUAAAGAUCCGGUGGAUCGCAAACGGAAGCCGUUGACGCUCAUGUCGACGGACUGGUCUCGAUGUAGCGUGACUUGCGGGGGCGGCCUUCAGUCGCGCAACAUGAGUUGCGAAGUUAUCACGGAGGACUAUUACGAGGUGCUCCCGAAGGAAGAGUGCUUCCGGAACUCCGACGUCAAGCCGCCCCUCAUCCGGAGCUGCAAUGUUGAGCCGUGUGUAGAGUGGCGGGCUGGCAACUGGUCAGAGUGUUCCAUUGAAGAGUGUGUUCGUUACCACUACGCGAAGCAGCGGCGGACCGUGGAGUGUCUUAACCUCUUCAAUGACACGGCGACGGACGGCGGAUUCUGCACGGACCUGGGGUUCCCUCCUGACAACAUCCGCGACUGCUUCAACCCGAACUGUACCGUCGCCUGGAAGACAUCAAAGUGGUCCGAGUGUAUUGCUGACUGUGGGGAGGAGGGUUUCAAGGCGCGGACGUUCAAGUGCGUGUGGGCGGGGACCAACCGUCCCGCCCCUUACGGCAGUUGUGAGCUUCUGGAGCGGCCUCGCGCCUCCCGCGCCUGCCGAGGUCCGCCCUGCAGUAGCAUGGUAUGUGAGGAUGAAAGUGACCAAUGUGAGCUGGCCGGCGAGAUGGACAUGUGUGGCUACAAAGCGUUCCAGAUGCGAUGCUGCUUGACCUGCUCAGCCAUUGACGAAGAGUACGACUUCACGCUGGCCUGAGGGGCUGAGGCCCUGGACGAGGACUACGAUUGCACGAUUGCCUGAGGGAUUGUGGCCGUUGACGAUGAAUUCGACUACGCAGUGGCCUGAGGGGUUGAGGUGCCAUUGUUUAAAAUCAGCGGACUUGAUGGGCUAUCUGGGGUUAUGGUCGUGGCGUUGAUAAAUGACCAUGAAUACCCUUCGAAAUCAACUCGCAUAUACUGUAAAUUCACAAUGACAACCUCAUCAAUAUCUAAACAAAGAAGAUUAACGGCAGCACGAGCCUCUACAAGUGUACAAGUGUAGGAUGGAGAGUGUCGAGGCCAUUUUCCAUCGAAAACAACAUCGGAUUUAUGCCGAUGCAUUAUUAAAAGUAGUUCGUUAACUUAAUUAUAAUAACAAUUAUGAAUUGUAGUGUUUAACGUGAACUUUGUAUUACUUAGUGCAAAUUGAUUCACAGUGAAGUGGGUGUUAUUGCAUAAAAAAAUAAGAUUUCAAAGAUUUUAAUCCUUAUGUUUAACUGUUUAAGUGAAAUUACUUCGCGAUCUACUUGCAGCGUAGAUAUUCGAUGUAAACCGAUGUUGUGUUCAUAGGAAAAUGGCCGAAUGGCUCCGAUUGCUGUAUAAUAUUUGUCACGGUUAUUUAUGUGUCAUUGUUAGGAUGUGUGUUUCAUUUGCGUCUUAACAUGUAGUACAUCUCUAGACGAGUACUGCAAACAAGGAAUUAUUCUGGCUUUAUGUAUUUUAUUGAGUGUGUAGUGUUUAUUAUAUAUGUAAUGCAUUUUUAAUGACUAUGCAACCUUGUACAUAUAUUAUACAGUGUAUGUACAUAUAUGUUUAAUGCCAUCAAAUACAACUACG